GGAGGAUUGCAGCUGUUCUUCCUCUGCGACCGCAGUGGCUACCUCAUCUGCUCCAGUCAUCCCUACGACUAGCAGUGCCAUUACUUCUGUAGUGGUCCCCAAGCCAACCUCUUCUACAAUGGUGGCUCCUAAACCAACCACUUCUACCAUGGUUGCCCCGAAGCCAACUUCUUCUACAGAAGCGUCUCCCAAGCCAACUUCUUCUGCUGCAGCUAGCCCCGUGACUAGCGACUGCACCACAUCUGCUACAGCUGUGGCCACCAAGCCGACGUCUGCGGCUCCAUCCGGCCCCGCGUCCACUUCCACGGCUGGAUCUUGCGCCUACACUUGUACUGGCAGUGGCGGAAUUAUUGAUGCCCUGAACUGUGUUAAUGUCUUGACUGGUGUUCCAAUCGUGGUCCCCAUCACUGUUGGCUCGAAGGUCGUGGAGAGAGAGGAAGCUGCUACUCCAGUUACGUAUUGUUGCAAGCCCGAUAGUCAGCUGUUGAACUUGAUUACCUGUCUUGAUGUCGCGACUGGAACAUCUCUCUUGUUGCCUAUCACUCUUUUCCCAUAGGUAGUG